AUGGCUGGUGAGGCAUCGACACCAGAGUGGUCCGACGUGGAGCAAGGGAAUGUUCCAUCGGAGGAUGAGUCUGAGGAGGAGCCUCGGGACCCGAUGACUUUCCAACUUCGCAAUGCGCCGCUGUGGGUGCUUAACCUGUCGCCGGCUGAGUAUCUGCAGUGGUCAACACCUGGAGGCAUCAUGGAUCGAGCACAGAAUGACUUUCAUGAGCAGAGGAAUCCAAACUCCAUAGUGUGGCCAGUCUGGUGGACAAUAGCUUUUGAUCAUUUGGAUACGAAUGCUGACGGGGUUAUACAAGUUACUGAAGACGUGGUCAUGUUGCAAUGCAAUCUCGCAACGGUGCGAUGCGAGGACGAGGUAUGCAGGCAGGUUUUUGUGGUGUGGAUUUGCGAGGAAGAGACUGGCCAGGAGCGCAUGUUGGCGGCGAACCGAAUGUGGCAGCGACCGGUUGUCUAUCGACAUGAUGGGGAUGGAGAGAGGUGCGACAAGACACAACCAGUGGACAGCAACUUCAUCAUGGGAGCCGCCAAUCUGGUCCUUGGGGGAUGGCGUGCCGAGCGCGAAGGCACCCACAGUGGCAAUACGUUGGUGUUGGCAGAUUCUGGAGCGAAUGAGCUGAUACGUCCUGCAGGUGAUGCGGCGCCAUCGCGGUCGACAAAGGUUUCGCUCACGCUGGCAGACGGCAAUCUUACCUUCGCGUGGAAAACGCGGGAUGGAGAGCUGGCAAUUCCUGGUGACAGCUCAUCGUGGAUA